AUGGAAGGGAUGCUGCGACGAAUUUUUAGCAUAAAUACCACAGCUCUCGUUUCUAUAACCACUAGUUCAUUUCUGUACACAGUCAUAGUAUAAUUUGACCAAAAAAACCAAUACAACACUAAAAUGGCCGCUAAGUUCAUCAUCUUCGCCGCUUGCGUGGCUACCGCCCUUGCCCAAUACUCCGCUCCAGCUUACAAGCCAGCGUACUCUGCGCCCGCUUACUCAGCACCAAAGGCAUACGCCCCAGAACCUGCAUACGCACCCACACCGUACAACUUCGAAUACAGCGUAAACGAUCCACACACCUACGAUGUGCACAGCCAAUCCGAAUACAGUGACGGAAACGGUUACGUCAAGGGAUCCUACAGCCUCGUCGAAGCCGACGGCUCCAUCCGCACCGUCGAAUACACCGCUGACGACUACAACGGUUUCAACGCCGUCGUCAAGAACGAAGGUGGAUACAAGGCCCCGUCAUACUCUGCCCCAUCAUACUCCGCACCAGCCUACAAACCAGCAUACUCUGCACCUGCAUACUCUGCCCCAGCCUACAAGCCAGCAUACUCUGCACCAGCAUACUCUGCACCAGCUUACUCUGCACCAGCUUACUCUGCACCGGCCUACAAGCCAGCAUACAAGCCAGCAUACUAAUUUUUUAAUUAGAUGUGUAAACAACUACUCUUCAUCGCCUUUUUUUCAUGACUUCUUCGUGUACACCUCUGGGCCAUCGUGUUCAUAUUGAACCAUGGUUUUAAAGUCAUAACAUGACAUUCCAAUUUGAUAAUUGGUACAACUUACGUAUUUAUUGUGUAAAUAUAUAUAACAAUGUGUAUUUAUUGAA